UUCGAGGCCUGACACAUUUUUCAGCUAGACAGCGCGCUGUACCCAGCCGUGCGCGAGUUGUGUCCACUGCUCUGAUUGACACCCGGCUAAGCCUUGAAGGACACCGAAGAGUUCCAUGUGGGAGCAGCUCGCACGCACUUCGGCGGGCACGCUGAUCGCGUACAAGCUCGCCACGGGUGGCCUCAAGCGCGGCUCGCUGCAGAGGGACGGGGCGGCGGCCGCCUUUGUCGUCGGUCUGCUCUCCUUCAGCUGCUCAAUACGGUGCGGCGUCACGCUGCUGUUCUUCUACAAGAGCGGCUCGAUGCUCACGCGGGUGGGCGCCGACGUGAAGCGAAAGGUGGAGGAGGGCUACGCCGCCGAGGGUCAGCGCGGCGCUGCCCAAGUGCUCGCCUGCAGCGCGGUCGGCGUGGCGGCAGCCGUCCUGAGGCGCGCUCUCGUCGGUCCCGACGCGCCGCUCGACUUCUCCGACCUCGCCUCCGCUGGCAACCGCCUCACACUCGCGUACGUCUCGUUCUUCGCCUGCUGCGCCGGCGACACGUGGGCGAGCGAGCUCGGGGUCCUCUCCGCCUCGCCGCCGCGCAUCAUCACGCAGCCGUGGAGGACGGCCCCGGCGGGCACCAACGGCGGCGUCUCAGUGCUCGGCACGCUCGCCAGCGCCGCCGGCGGAGCAUGCAUCGGAGCCUGCCACGCCGCCUGCCUGCUCCCGCCCUCGGGCCGCGAGGCGCUCGGCCUGGUCUGGGCCGGGCUGGUGGGCGGCGUGGGCGGCUCUCUGCUCGACUCGCUGCUGGGCGCGACCGUGCAGGCAACCUACUACGACGAGGCGAGCCGCAUGGUGGUCGGGCGGCCCACACCCAAGGCGCGACGUGUGGCGGGGCUGCCGCUCCUCUCCAACGAGAUGGUCAACUUUGUCUCGACCGCCGCCGCCGCCGUCGCCGCCGCCUCCGCGCCGCGGCUGCUGCUCGGCUGGCUCGCGCCGGCGUAGCCGGAGGCCGGAGGCCGCGGUCAGAGUCAGGGGAGCGGCGCACUCUCGCAGUCGCGCGCUCGGCGGACGACAGGCGAGGAGGGAGGAGCGGCGGGAGGACUCAUAUAUUUCUCAUACUCUAGGAUUUUGUGUACAUUAGACAUCUCACAAUUGGUCUUGGAGCACUUGGUCUUGGAGUGGCGAGUGCAGACUGCAGUCAUUUGCCUCACACCCUUCUGCCUUCACCCAGGGCCGGGGAGUAGCACACACUCAGAGUAAUCAGUAUGUCAGUAUUCAAUGCGACG